UGAAGGGAACCAUUUUGGAUAAAACUGACAUUAUUUUGAAAAAAUAUAUUCAUUAGCCAAACUGAAAAACGUCCACCCCUUACAUGGUACAGCCGAAUAACCUUUAACCCUUACAGCGGCAAAAAUGGCCGGCUAGAAAUGUGUUUGAACAAUUUACGAGAAACAAAAGUACAGAUUUCCACUAUGUGUAUAGACUAUCAAUUAAUUAUAUCGUGACCUGCAAAAGUCUAAGGAUUGCCUUGAUAUUUCUGUGAGUGUGUCACUCAGAGGGCAGCAUGACGUCCAUCAUCAAGCUGACGGCCCUGUCAGGGGUCCAGGAGGAGUCUGCACUGUGUUAUUUACUGCAGGUGGAUGAGUUCCGCUUCCUGCUCGACUGUGGAUGGGACGAGACGUUUUCCAUGGACACUAUCGAUGUGUUAAAAAGGUAUGUCCAUCAAGUGGAUGCUGUGCUCCUGUCUCAUCCGGACCCCAUCCACCUGGGAGCGUUGCCCUACGCCGUGGGCAAACUGGGUCUGAACUGCACCAUCUAUGCCACCAUUCCGGUCUACAAGAUGGGGCAGAUGUUCAUGUAUGACCUCUACCAGUCACGUCACAACACAGAGGACUUCAAUCUCUUCACACUGGACGAUGUCGACUCGGCGUUUGACAAAAUCCAGCAGCUGAAGUACUCGCAGAUCGUCAACCUCAAAGGAAAAGGCCAUGGUUUGUCCAUCACACCGCUGCCUGCUGGCCACAUGAUUGGUGGAACCAUCUGGAAGAUCGUGAAGGAUGGGGAAGAGGAGAUCGUUUACGCGGUGGACUUCAACCACAAGAGAGAGAUUCAUCUGAACGGUUGCUCUCUGGAGACGGUGAGCCGUCCGUCUCUCCUCAUCACCGACUCCUUCAACGCCACAUACGUGCAGCCGCGACGCAAACAGAGAGACGAGCAGCUACUCACCAUCGUCAUGGGAACACUGCGGGCCGACGGGAACUGCCUGAUCGCCGUGGAUACGGCCGGCCGGGUUCUGGAGCUGGCGCAGCUGCUGGACCAGAUCUGGAGGACCAAGGACUCGGGCCUGGGGGUCUACUCCCUCGCCCUGCUCAACAACGUCAGCUACAACGUGGUCGAGUUCUCCAAGUCCCAGGUGGAGUGGAUGAGCGACAAGCUGAUGCGCUGCUUCGAGGACAAGCGCAACAACCCCUUCCAGUUCCGGCACCUGUCGCUGUGCCACAGCCUGGCCGACCUGGCGCGCGUGCCCAGCCCCAAGGUGGUGCUGUGCAGCCAGCCGGACCUGGAGUCGGGCUUCUCGCGCGAGCUCUUCAUCCAGUGGUGCACCGACGCCAAGAACUCCAUCAUCCUCACCUACCGCACCUCGCCGGGCACGCUGGCGCGCUACCUCAUAGACAACCCCGGGGAGAAGAUGAUGGACCUCGAGGUGAGGAAGCGUACCAAGCUGGAGGGGAAGGAGCUGGAGGAAUAUGUGGAGAAGGAGAAGAUGAAGAAGGAAGCAGCCAAGAAGCUGGAGCAGGCCAAAGAGGUGGAAAUGGACUCGAGUGACGAGAGCGACAUGGAGGACGAGCUGGACGCGGGUGUUGGCAGCGGCGGCGCGGCGGCGAAGACCAAACACCACGACCUGAUGAUGAAGGCGGAGGGCGGCCGCAAGGGAGGCUUCUUCAAGCAGGCCAAGAAGGCAUACCCCAUGUUCCCCGUGCACGAGGAGCGGAUCAAGUGGGACGAGUACGGCGAAAUCAUCAGGCCCGAGGAGUUCCUGGUGCCGGAGCUGCAGGCCACGGAGGAGGAGAAGAGCAAGCUGGAGAUGGGCAUGGCCAACGGGGACGAGCCCAUGGACCAGGACCUCUCCGACGUGCCCACCAAGUGCACCUCCAGUAUGGAAACCAUGGAGAUCAGGGCGCGUGUGACGUACAUCGAUUACGAGGGUCGUUCGGACGGCGACUCCAUCAAGAAGAUCAUCAACCAGAUGAAGCCUCGUCAGCUGGUCAUAGUCAACGGGCUGCCCGACGCCAGCCAAGACCUGGCCGACUCCUGCAAGGCCUUCAGCGGCAAGGACAUAAAGGUCUACACGCCCAAGCUGCAAGAGACGGUGGACGCCACCAGCGAGACGCAUAUCUAUCAGGUGCGCCUGAAGGACUCGCUGGUGAGCUCGCUGCAGUUCUGCCGUGCGCGGGACACGGAGCUGGCGUGGGUGGACGGGGUGCUGGACAUGCGCGUGGCCCAGGUGGACACGGGGGUGCUGGCGGAGGAGGGCCUGGGGCCCGGCCAGGAGGACAGCAUGGAGGACGGGGAGCUGGUGCUGCUGGACCCGGAGGCCCAAGCGGCGGCAGCAGCAGCAGCCAUUGGCAUGGGCAUGGGCGUCGGGGAUGUGGAGGGCCUGGCAGUGUCCAGCCUGGCAGUGUCCAGCGAGGCAGCGCAGCGGAAGGCUAUGAAGUCGCUGUUUGGCGAAGACGAGAAGGAGGCGGGGGCGGAGAGCGACGUCAUCCCCACUCUGGAGCCACUGCCACAAAAUGAGAUCCCGGGCCACGCGUCUGUGUUCAUCAAUGAGCCGCGCCUGUCGGACUUCAAGCAGGUGCUCCUCAGGGAGGGCGUGCAAGCCGAGUUCGUCGGGGGCGUGCUGGUCUGCAACAACCUGGUCGCCGUCAGGAGGACGGAGGCGGGCCGUAUCUGUCUGGAGGGGCUGCAGUGUGACGACUACUAUAAGAUCCGCGAGCUGCUGUAUCAGCAGUACGCCGUGGUCUAGGCCUGAAGCACACACACACACACACACACACACACACACACACACACACACACACACACACACACACACACACACACACACACAAACACAAACACAAACCUACAUGCUGUUCAUACACCCCUCUUUUUGAAGACGCACACACACACACACACACACACACACACACGCACACUUCUAUAUUCAGACUUAAACACACAUACACUCAUUGAAAUAUAAAUGUAUUUGGUCCUGGGACACCCGUAACUGACUCUCAGAGGAUCUUCAGUACUGGAUAAACUUUCUAAAUCCUUGCAGAUACUCAGACUCUAGCAGACACAGGCACUGCUGACACUGUGGAAGAGCCUGACAUUUUCUUUGAGUGAGGUUUGUAGGGACAUUGACAAGUUAGGGGCGGGGGUGGGAUGGAAUUGGGAAUAAGGGUUUGUUAUGUAGUUCAUUUCUGUAUAUUUUUUUUUUAUGUUUUUUCCUCGGAAGCGCAAGACGGACACUCUCCUAGACUGUCUAACCCCUUAAACUCCUCAGGAAGUUGGGGUAAGAAGGACAGUGCAUGGGAAACACUUUGGCUAAAACAUUCACUGGCCCGCUAGCUACCAUUGAGUGUCAGUGAUUUGUACCGUACAAUGCUGCACUAUGUAGUGUGAAGGAGGAAACGGUGUAGCUCUGAGCCUUUGUACGAUAUCAUUUCUGUAAUAAAAAAGGUAACACUUUAUUUUAGGGACACAUCUAUUAGCACUAAUGCAUACAAUGUCAAUGCCUGCAAAAGUAACUUGUAAGGCAUGUACUAAGCAAACACUGAGGCCUACUAGGUCCUUACUAAAGUUAAAUUGGUAAUAAAUCCCUUAUUGUGCAUGCACAACACAUUUGUGAAUACAUGCUUAACAAAUGUUUUUUGUUUUUUGUUUUGCUUUGUAUAUGCCUUACAAGUUACUUAUACGGGCACAUUGUAUGUAUUAGUGCUAAUAGAUGUAUCCCUAAAAUAAAGUGUUACCUAAGUUGUAUAAUUCUAUUUCGCUGCGGAUGCGUUUCACUGUGGAGAAUCUCUGGGCAGAUGCAGAGGAGCGGGACCAUGACAACGAUGAUGUUGACUUUUUAUGUUGUUGGUUUUUUUUUUUUUUUGCUAACAUAAAAAAUAAUCUUGUUUUUGUCA